GGGUGGAGCGGGCCGACCUGCCCGCGACUGACGGGGCUGAGCUGGAGGAGAGUAGCAAAAACACGAAGAAGCUGGAUGCCAUGACCCUCAUUAAAGAAGGUGGGAGUCGACACACAUUAGGGCUGGGACCCAGGGCAGACAGGACCACGCUCCACUUUUCCACCACACUACAGAAGGAGGUGGCUGCUUGAAGCAGCUGUCGGGGACCCUCAUUUUGAUAGGUCUGAGUCGGCCGGUUGCUCUGGCUCCUGUGACCUGUUGUUGGAGAUCCUAAUCAUAGGUGAUUGCCCACUCACCUGAAAGCGCAUACCCUUUGGGACUGCUUAGAUUGAACUCUGGAAGCUGGGAGCAUUCAGCAUGGAGCCUGUCAUGUCAGCGGGGAGACAUGUCCAUCUUCGGGCACUGCCCUGCCCAUGACGACUUCUAUUUGGUUGUGUGUAACCACUGCAGCCAAGUGGUGAAGCCUCAAGCUUUCCAGAAGCACUGCGAAAGAAGACAUGGGCCCCUCAGCAAGCUUUAUACCCGGGCCCCACCCCCACCUCCAGCCCCUGCCAGCUCUCAGAAAUGCCAUGUAGUGAAUGGGCAGGGCCCAGCUUGUAGGGCCCCAGGUUCCACAAAAACCUCCUCCAGGGAGAAGGGCCAGGGGUCCCGGAGCCGUGGCCACCAGCCUCCUGAGAAGACCCAGAAAGACAACCUCUGCCUUUUCGUGCCUGUGGUGAAUCUGGAGAAGAUGUCCAGUCUCCCGAAGCCUGAUGGACACGGAAUCAGGGUGGCCCCACCCUCUGCUUUUCUUAGCCAGCCAGGGGGCCUUACCAAGGACUCCCCUGGAAAACCUCCCAUGGCUCCCCCUUCUAAAGAACCUCCUGGCAGAGAGAACAUCGAGAUCAUCCCCAGUGAGGGAUCCAGUCACCGGGCUGAAGGCAGCCCUCCUGAAAAGGAGCCCAGUGGGGCCAGGCUGCCCCCCAAAACCCACCGGAAGAUGGCUCGGAAGGAGUGCGACCUCAACAGGCAGUGUGGGGUGAUAAAUCCAGAGACCAAAAAGAUCUGUACCCGCCUGCUGACCUGCAAGAUCCACUCAGUACACCAGCGUCGGGAAGUCCAGGGCCGAGCCAAGGACUUUGACGUGCUGGUGGCAGAGCUGAAGGCCAACUCCCGCAAAGGGGAGUCUCCCAAGGAGAAGAGCCCAGGGCGCAAGGAGCAAGUUCUCGAGCGCCCCUCCCAGGAGCUCCCAUCCGCAGUCCAGGUUGUGGCAGCAGUGGCUGCUCCCAGCAGCACUUUCUCUGUCCGUGCCAAGCAGACGUACCCAUACUGUGCACUGCCCAGGUCCCGGGCCUCCUCUGAGAGUGAAUUGGAUGAUGAAGGUCCCUGUGGUGGUGAUGGGGACCCAGGCCUGUUCCCCUUUCCCAUGCCCCGGGGUGGGGCCCAGGCCUCCAGCGAGGAGAGUGAGGAGGAAGGGACAUCUGAUGACCUCCAUCUCCCCCCUGACUGCCAUUAUGCAACCCGGCCCCCGAGGCCACAGGCGUUCUGCACCUUUGGGAGUCGGCUGGUGAGCCCAGGAUGCUAUGUAUUUAGUCGCCGGCUGGACCGGUUCUGCUCGGCACUCAGCUCCAUGCUGGAGCGGCACCUCAGCUCACACAUGUGGAAGAAGAUUCCACCGGUGACCGAACCUCCAUCUCACCUUGUCAACUCCCCCUUAUCUGCUCCCCUGAGCCCAUCCUCUACAGGCAGCUGCCCCCGCCUUCCAGGUCCACCCCCAAGACCUGCCUGCCCAGCCUCCACGCCCCCUACCAAGGACAGCCUUGUCCCCAGCUACCCUGCAGGCUCCCCCAGUGUGGCGGCCGCCUGUAGCCAGGCAGAGUGCAUGGGCGGGAGCCAGGCUAUCACCUCACCACUGCCUGCCAACACGCCGUCCCCGUCCUUCAGCAAGCUGCCGCCUUCCAAAGCCAGCAAGUCAUCCAAAGGCAAGGACGGGGUGGAGAUGGAGGCCCCUUCUCGAAAGCGGAAGUUAUCCCCUGGCCCCACCACUUUUAAACGGACCUGCAUCCUGGAGCCCACUGGAAAAGGCAAACCCUCUGGCUGCCGGGGCCUCUCGGCCAAGACUAAAACAGCCCUGAGCAUGGGGCUUAAUGGGACAAUGGGGCCAAGAGUGAAGCGGGCAGGGCCCCUGGACUGUCGUGGCUCCCCUCAUCAGCUCCCCACACCAGUCAAGGCUUCUCAACUGGAGAACCGGGGAGCAGCUGGACACCCAGGCAAGGCCCUGUCAACCAACUGCCUCUCUGAGGAGGAGGUGGCCAAGAAGCGGAAAAACCUGGCCACUUACUGCCGGCCGGUGAAGGCCAAGCACUGUCAGGCUGGUGCCCCUGCUGAUGUGGCCUGUUCUGUGCGCCGCAAGAAGCCAGGCCCGGCCCUGGCCUUUGAGGAGAAGUGCUCUACACUGAAGGUACUGGAGCUACCUCUGUUCCCUGAAGGAAAGGGAGUUUGAGUCCUUGGGUCACAGCCUAACAUGCCGAGCAGCAAGGUGGGUGGGCUGGUCUUGCUCACUGGUUUUUCCUCUGGGCAUCAGGGCCUUGAAGGGCAGGCACACGACCCCAUGCCCACUACUGCACGUGUGCCCGCCUUGCACAUGUGCUCAUCUCCAGCCAUGUGGGUGACAGACAGGUUCUCCAGGAUUACUAGUAAAGCCUGUAGCCAGUUUUAUUUGCCUGUUCUGGUGGGAUCCCUGGCGUAGUGUGCCAUGUGCUCUCCAUAUGAUCUCUGCCAGGAGGGACUUACUGGAGGUGGGAUGGGGUUGCUCUCCUGGGUUAGAUGUGGGCCCAUAAGCCGUGUAUGCUCUCCAACUUCACUACCCAAACUGGCUCUAGUGAGCUGGCAUUCAUCUUCCCUCUUGCUCAGUUUUACUCCCCAGGCCAGCAGAAGGAAAUCAAGAUUUAGCCCCUCUAGUCCACACAGUUCACCAGGAAGGACAGCAGGCAGGCCCCCACCCUGACCCUUUCUCUUGCCUCUUGUCUUCUUGCAGUCAAAAGCCCAUUAAUGAGAAAGUGCCUGCCCACUGCAACGGAGCCGCCAGCACCUCCUCCCCUCCAGAUCCGGGCCCCAGGCUGCUGCCGCUUUUUAUAACUUUAUAUUAUUUUUUUUAAGAAAAAAACUCUUUAAAAUACCUCAAGACUGUCUCCCUGUUCUGUUGCGGCUAUGAAAAUAUAAAAACACAAACAUAGAAAAGGAAGGAAAAAAAAUAACAAAAUGAGUGUCCUUACUGUCACCAGCCCUACCCUGUGUGGCUAAGAUAGGCAGCCAGACUCCAGCUCCCAUAGCUUGCCUGCAGAAGUCUCUUAUGCUCAUUAUUAUUAUUGUCAUCUUGUCAUUUUCAGUAGUGUGAAAAUGCGUGGAGUUUGUGUCACUGGGAGAGUGUUCUUUCCAGACAGGAUGAUGAGGUGUGUGGCUCUGAAUGGGCAAGGCUUCCUGAGUCUUGACCCCAGGGACGACUAUGGUCCCAUUAGUAAGAGAAACUUGAGAGGGAGAGCUGCACCUCUGGCUCUUCUGUAGGAUCCUUGCCCUGAGGGUCUGGGAAUUGGCUUGUGGAAUUGGUUGUGGUCCUCCAGCAACCCUAGGUGUCCAUCCCUCCCUGAAUUAUUGCCUGUUUUUCUUCAGCCGUUCCUGCUUUUCCCACCUCUUACCAGCACUCUCAUUUUCUCAACCACUUAGGGAGCUUGAGCUGGGCUGGUCAUUGCUGUUGGAAGUUCCUGCUUUCUAUCGGACAGCCUUUCUUCCCGGCUGUGGGUUUGCCUUUAAGGAAGGGGUAGAACCUUUCCCAGGGAGGCCUCCUUGGGCCUGAACCACACCUUUUUAGGAAAGGAAAAGGCAUCAUCACUUGCAGAACUGGUGGUGUGGGAGGCCCUGGUCCCUCAGGAUCACCUGGCUCCUCAGGGCUGAGCAGCUGCUGAGGAGGCGGCAGGGCUGGGAGUGCCCUAGUUAUUCCAUUUAUCUCGAUGGGGACAACUGUGCAGAUAGGAGAUGAGACUUGCAUCUCCCUCCUUUGGUCAACCAGGUUCAAGGCACUAUAUUUUAGCCCUGUCCUUUCCUAUUUGCCUUCUUUUUAGGCAGGGAGGAAGCUUGUUCCCUGAACAAAAGGAGGCGGCAGGAGACAGUGCACAGACAGGGAAAUCCAAUACUACUAGAAAUCGGCUCCAAACACUGGUUUCACACUCUUGGUUCAGCAUACUAAACGUGUGAUUUGGGGUUUCACUGAAAUCGUUUGCUACAAAUGUAACUUCCACAGGCUACUUGGGAUUUAGGUCCUUGUAGACAGACACACAGAUAAAAUCAAGGUGGGCCGGGGUCUGUCCGGUCCCCUUCUGCCUCCGGGCUCUCGCGGGAGCGGGCCUCUCCGGAGCACUCGCGCUUUCCCCCCAGCCCCCAGAGGGCGCUGUAGGCCACUCCGCCGCACUGCCGGAGGCGUCCCCGGGGAGGAGCCUCUGCUGCAGCCGCCUCCGCCUCCGCGAUCGCAAACCCGGAAGACGUGCUCGGGCAGCUGGAGUGUGCGGGCCCGCCGGGCACGGCCAUGCAGCCCCUGGAGGUAGGUCUGGUUCCCGCUCCACCUGGGGAGCCGAGACUGACCCGCUGGCUGCGGCGAGGCAGUGGGAUCUUGGCGCACCUGGUAGCUUUGGGCUUCACCAUCUUUCUGACAGCGCUGUCCCGGCCAGGAACCAUUCUGCCUCUGCAUGGCCAAAGCCAUCCUACUCUUCUCACCUGAAUACUCUCCGUUCUUUUUCUGCUCCCGAAAAGCUCGGAUCCGGCUCCACUGGGCAGGGCAGACCCUAGCCAUCCUCUGUGCAGCUCUGGGCCUGGGCUUCAUCAUCUCCAGCAGGACCCGCAGUGAACUGCCUCAUCUGGUGUCCUGGCACAGCUGGGUAGGAGCCCUGACACUGCUGGCCACUGGUGGCCAGGCACUGUGUGGGCUCUGCCUCCUCUGUCCUCGGGCAGCCAGGGUCUCGAGGGUGGCUCGCCUCAAGCUCUACCAUCUGACAUGUGGACUGGUGGUCUACCUGAUGGCUACAGUAACGGUGCUUCUGGGCAUGUACUCAGUAUGGUUCCAGGCCCAGAUCAAAGGUGCAGCAUGGUAUCUUUGCCUGGCACUGCCACUGUAUCCAGCCCUUGUGAUCAUGCACCAGAUCUCCAGAUCCUACUUACCAAGGAAGAAAAUGGAAAUGUGAGUUCCUGCAAACUCUGAAUCUAGAUGGAACACUUGCCUUGGACUUCAUGGUUCCUUUGGUCGUCUACAAGGGAUCCAUUUCAGAAGUGGUCAGGUUUUUGCACUUCUUGGCUGGUCCAGGGACUGCAGAAACCAAAGCUGCUAUUGCUGAGGAAUAAUUCAGUGGCUCAAAAUGGGGAAAUGUACUGGGUACGAGUGGAAGGUGAUGGAGAGCCUGAUCCUGAAGCCUCUACUUGAUGAGAGUUAGUUUUGGGUGGUGCUAGUGAUAUGCUGGUGGUCAUUUCUUGCUUGUGUGCCUGAUGAAAAAUUGUAAGUUAUGAAUGGCAUCCAUGGAUAUUUGGCUUACUUUUAAGAAAGCAGUGUGAUGUAGUGGAGAGAGUCUAUGGGCCUUGUUUAUGGAAUAUGGUACUCUUAGGCUCUGUUGUACAACCUUAGGUACAUUCCAUACCUUAAGACCUCUGUUUCUUCAUCUGUGAAAUGUUUCUAAGCAGUCUCUAAGUCCCUUCCAUCUUAAUAUUCAACAUCUGUCAGGUCUGUGUCUCAGAACACCCUCCCAGCUGUGAACCAUGUGGACCACUUAGCAGACUCAGGGUAGCUCCUUACUCUCCCUUUACUCCCCUGGAGGGACAGCUCUGCCCUUGAGGCCCUUCAGAAAUUUGUGCUGAUUUGGUCCCUUUGCCAGGGCAUAGAGGGUCAGACACUGUGGAGAGAAGGGACUCAGAUGAGGGUCUUCUGGACUCUAAGACAGUGAAGGCACUAAAGUCACUUUAAAGCUUUUGGAGGAGUAAGAGGGCAUUGGCAUCUUCCUUCAGCCCACCUCAGUAUCUGGGCUUGAGGACUGUAAGGCCUGCGUGUGCUCCCUCCCCUGAAAUUGCUUCUCAGGGCAAAGGAGCCCUGGGCAUCUCAUGCUUUGCUCAUCUUAGGGCUCAGAUUCUUGCCUUAGCACAUAGCUACUUGGAGCUUUUCAAGCUUUUCAUAAGGGUCAAGGAAGUGGGGGAAGGGCUUUUCUGAUCCCAAGAAAACAAAGUUUUUCUGGUUCCCCCUCUUCCUUUUUUUUGUUAUCUAAGCUUUCCUCAGUUGUCAUCUCUUGCCAGCUCUUUGGUCCAAGAGGGGACUGAGUUUGGUGCCAGCUGGCAAAUGAGGGCUGGGCUCUCUUCCCCACAGAGAACCCCCUUCCUUGUUGCAGAUGAAAGUAGUUCCCCAGACUGCCCUCGGUGGUGAGGACUGGAUGCCAGACUGCUUAGCUGUGGUCUGGCUCAGUCGGAAAGAUGGGACCUCCUUAAAUCAUGGCAAGGACUGACAAGAGUGAAGCCAGGAAAGUGCUGCUGAGGCAGGUACACAUAGCUCACAGGGAACUCUGGGAAGCCUGGGGUGUAGGCGCUAGAGCUCCAGUUCCUGGGAGCAGGGGCAGGUGUUCUUAGACGUUAAUGUUGUGGAUGACCCGGGUCUUCUGAAGAUUCAGGUCCUCCUCUCCAUGUAGCUCAGAAGAAAGGAGGUUGGUGUGAUUCAAUAGUACAAGAAUGGGCACAGCAAGGGCAGAAGUGUCCUCUCCGUAUACCUCAUUAUGCCUCUCCUGGGGAAGACUGCAUCUUUCAGGACAAGCAUCUAAAGGAGGCCCCAGCUGUGCAGAGGGGUGAUUGUUCCUGUCUCUUUCAUUGUCCCCCCUCCUCUCAAACUAUCCAGUGUGGUGCAAACUCGGAAGAAACAGUUACUGGGGCUGCAUGGAGAAUCUCACCUGUGGUGAUUUUGAUCCAGGGACUGCAUCUCCUCUUCCCUCAUCACAGCCAAUGCUGAGGGGCUCACCCUACCUGCAGCAGGGUAGGAGGGCCAGGCAAAGUUCACCAGCUUGCUCUGAGAACAAGCAGGCAAUGCCGUAAAGCCUGAGCCUGCCUGAGGUGCUGCCUCCUCCCAGGUGGUGCGGGGGCUGAUGGGCGGGCGGGCAGGCAUGCUGACAGCCGGCAGUUUGCGUGGGCUGUGCCAUCUGAUGUCUAUUCCCAGCCCUGGGAGGAAGGGGGAGUCAUUUAUAUUCUGCAGGAGGAAGGGGCCCCAGCUGUCGCCUUUCUGACCAGCGGGCCUGGAGGGCAGGGGCACAGAGCAGAGAGGAGGGCACAGGUGGUCUCCUGCUUAGCCUGGUCUGACUGCAGUAUAGGGCACAGGUCACCAGGAGGAGCCCUUCAUCCUGGCAGGCCGGAUUAUGGAGUGACUUCCCUCCCCCCUUUCCAUUUCUCCAUCAACACCUGCCCUCCCAUCCUGGGGCAGCAGCUGGACAGCCAUUAGACCUCAGUGCCAGAGCACUCUUUCUCCAGCUGGGAUCUCAGUGGCUCCCAGCUUCAUGACCUCCUGCUUGUGUGUUCCCUCCUCCUCCAUCCUCUGUUCUGCGUACCUCCCCUUUUCUCCUCAUGUCUGGGGUAUUCACUUGGCUCAUCGGCAAGGAAGCAAACGCCUUAGAGAAGCACAUGGUUGCCCUUUUGUCCUUGCUCCCUGACUAGGGAAAGCUGCUAGUGGUCAGCCUGUUUUGCCUUAAAA